CAGCGCCACCCUGUGAGUCUGGUUAGAAAAAUCAGUCUGAGUGCAUUACAUUAUUAAAAAAUAUAACAAGCAUGUGGGACCCUGAUAGUGAUUGACAUUCACUAUGUGUCUCAUUACCUGACUUUCGCUCGGUGGAUGACACUGACAGCCAGGUCCAGCUGCACCAGACCCACGGUCAGAGAGAGAGAGCGCACACCACUGGGUGCUUUCGCCUCCGCUAAACCAUUCAAAGCGAGGAAACUGUGACCCCGCAGGGGAGGUGGGAUGUAGCACCAGAAAUGCCUCCCAGCUAACGGUGUUUGAUGGAGAAAAAGCUGCUUCGAUACAGACAAGCGGUCCAGCCUGGUGACCGUAUGCUACUGCUUCUGUUGUAGCUAGCAGGCAAUUUGCUGGUCAGCUGCCAGCUAACUUUAGCCUUGUGUGUUUCCUCGCCCGGGCCUCUUGUUUCGGCUUCUUGUUAACGGUUCCUACGCUUCGGGAAAUUCAAGGGCCAUGGAUUUCCCAGGUCACUUUGAUCAGAUCUUCCAGCAGCUCAACUAUCAGCGUGUCCACGGUCAGCUGUGCGACUGUGUCAUCGUGGUGGGCAGCAGACACUUUAAGGCCCACCGCUCUGUGCUGGCAGCCUGCAGCACCCACUUCAGAGCCCUGUUUACAGUGGCAGAGGGAGAUGCAAGCAUGAACAUGAUCCAGCUGGACAGCGAGGUGGUGACAGCUGAAGCUUUCGCUGCUCUGGUGGACAUGAUGUACACCUCAACGCUGAUGUUGGGGGAGAGUAACGUCAUGGAUAUCCUGCUUGCAGCCUCACAUCUGCACCUCAACAAUGUAGUAAAGGCCUGCAAACACUACCUGACCACACGUACCCUUCCCAUGUCCCCCACACCCGACAGAACCGCCCAUCACCACCCUCAGCAGGAGCAGCAGAGGCACAGGCAGCAGCAGCAGCAGCAGCAGCAGGUAGCAGAUUUAGCAGCUAAUGCUAACCUCGCAAACACUGCCACGUCAAAGUUGCAGCGCUCUUUCCUCCUGCAGCAGCUUGGGCUGAGCUUAGUAAGCUCUGCUUUGGGUGGGAUGGAGGAGGACAGAGUUGGAAAUGGAGUUGGAAAUGGAGUUGGAAAUGGAGUUGGAAAUGGAGUUGGAAAUGGAGUUGGCAAUAGAGUGGGCGAACAGAGGGCCUCCUUCCCAAUCCGACGCUUCCACAAACGCAAGCCCCCCAUGGCCCUGGGCCUGUCAGAGGAGAGGCCCAGGCAGAGGCAGCGUCCCUCUGGGCCUAACCUGGGGAUGUUAGGAGAAGAAGGGAUGAACGCAGAGCGAGAAGAAGGAGGGCUUCUCUCCCCGGACUCCCACAAGAUGGGGGAUGAAUCCAAAUUGGAUGGGGCAAUGACCGGGCUAGUAGGGGUGUCCCAAGAUGAUCCACAAAUGCCCAGCCAGUCGGACAGUGGACAUUGUGAGGGGGAGGACUUGGGGAAAAUGCAGGGAGGGGUGAGGAAGGAGGAGGACAUGGAAGAGCAGGAGCACCAGGUCAACAGAGCAGGGGUGAAGAUCAAAUCAGGGACCGAGGAAGAACGGGAACAGAAGGUGGUGGUUAAACAGGAACCGCUAAGUUCGCCCGAGCCGACUGAUGAAACGAGCGACGUGCCGUCCCAGGCUGAGCCCGGCGGCCAGGAGGAGAAGGCGGAGCUGAGCCCAGAGAGCAGCGACCGCAGCUUCAUCUCUGAACCCCUCACCAGCUCCGACUCUCUGCUCCUGAAGAGCAGAAUGGGAGGGGGCAGCGGAGUGGGAGGAGAUUUUGGGUGUAGUAGUGGACUGGGUGGAAAAACUGGUUUUAGUAUUUCGAGCUUCCUCAGCCCUAACGUUUUUGGAAGUGUCGGGUCGGGGUUGGUUUCUAGAGAGGAUGACCUCCCCAACACAACUACUGGCGAUUCAGUAGCACAUCACUUCCUGCUCAGACAGGAUGCAGCUGGGCCAUCUAGCUCCGCCUCUUCCUCCCUUCUGAUGGGCGGUCCACUCGGGGGCGAAAGUCGCAACGGUUUUGGAGACAACCUCCAAGCAGAUUCUCUGUUCCUCCGUCCCCUGCAUGAUGGGUUAGGGAACCCCAGAGGAAGUGCCGGUGGGGGGCGUGGAGGGGUGGAUCCGUUUGGCCUGGACUUCCAGCGCUCUAGUCUUGGGCUUCACUCCCUGGGGCCACCGUCCCGAGGAGCGGGGGGGGCUUGUACCACUGCGCUUAAUUAUCCAGGUUACAGACGCAUCGCUCCGAAAAUGUCGAGCAGCAUGGGAGGAGAAGAAGGUGGUGUUCUCCAGGAUGCUGCCUCUUCCUCCUCCAGCCUGGCAAGUCCUCUGCUUUUAAAUGAGGGCGGGGGAUAUGAGAUGAAUAAUGGCAGACCCGCCACCCUCCUCCCUCAGCUGACCCGAGCUUCAGCAGACGUCCUGUCCAAGUGCAAGAAGGCUCUGUCGGAGCAUAACGUCUUGGUGGUCGAGGGAGCGCGGAAAUACGCCUGUAAGAUCUGCUGCAAAACCUUCCUCACCCUGACAGACUGCAAGAAACACAUCCGUGUGCACACAGGAGAGAAACCCUACGCAUGUCUCAAGUGUGGGAAGCGCUUCAGCCAGUCCUCCCAUCUAUACAAGCACUGCAAGACCACCUGUCUGCGCUGGCAGAACAGUAACAUGUCCAAUGGCCUGCUGUAGGACUGAGGACGCUGCAUUCAAUCGGAGCCAGGCGAUAGGAUUAAAUACAUUUGGAAUCUAUAAUUGGCCAACUUUUAAGACUCCAUAAUGUUGAGAUUUUUCUGACCGCAAGAAAGGAGAAACCCACAUUACGUUCAAGUUCUUGUAAACACGUAUAGACUGUAGAAAGAUAAGAGGGAGAUGCAAAGGGGCAACAUUUAUCACCGUGAUUGCCUCAUAGAAAACAUAGAUGAGGAAUUGACUCCCCUGUAAUCAUCAGUGUUUCAUGAGGAGUGUCAGUACAUGCAGCCCAUGACAUUUAUAUUUAUGUUUUGAUUAGUGUAUUAUCCCCUGAACUAAGAAUCGUAUCUACAUUUGGAGCCGGUCUCUUUGACUGAGUUCACCAUGUUGCACUGCCAUGUUAGUAGACACGCUAAGAACGGUCAAACCAAAGUUUUUCGUUAACUGACCGAAAACAUUGAAUCUACUUUGUUGUUAAACAAGAUAGUUUUAUUUAAUGAAGAGAGGAAAUUUGAUGUGAUUGACAUUAUCGAUCAGGACGGUAGAAACCCAAAAGAACAGUUUAUCAAUAGCUGAGAAAUGAUGUUUGUGCAUACUCAACCACCAUGUAGUGUCAACGGUUUGACCUCUGUAGUGGCCUUUCAGUCCAAGCGCCUUUGAAUCUCAAUCAUCAUAAGUCUGGCUGAGCUCAGUUAAAGUUGAGAAUACGUCAGCGUCCACAUAAGUCUGAGUUUUGGCAGAAUGGAAAUAAUUGAAUUGCUCUGUUAAACCAAUUGCAUUUUUUCUUUUUGAGGAACAAUGAGGAAGUGAAAUGUCCACUCACCAUCUUGGCAUUUGAGGCAGUAAGCAAAUCCGCCCUUACUGGUCUUUGCACCUUAUUUUGUGUUAUGAUGUGCAGGAGUUGCACUUUUGUCGACAUUUUAAAUGGUUUAAAAUCUGGCAUUCACUGACUGGGAAUGACCACAAAAGUUCUGGCUGUGGUAAGUUUACUGACCGUCCUCACAUCAGACCAGGUUCCAUGGACGCUGUUGUUUUGUGUUUGCAGUAUUUGUGUUUAUAAAAAGGGUAAUGAAGUAGUGCUGAGAGGCAGAGCCGUCUGAUGAAAACUGUUAACGGUUUGCUGAGGUUCAGCUCGUGUUGAAAGGGCUUUAGAAAUGUAAAUAUUGCACUUUGUAUGGGUUUCAUCAUUUUCCUCUUGAGGGGAGACAAGAAAUGUCUGAAGAUUUCAAUAUUGUGUUUAAGUUUGCUACUGUACUAUAUACGUGCUCUGUACAUGUGUCUUUUUACAUCUAAUGUUGCAUCUGUACAAAAGCACUUGGACAAUUCAUUAUUUUCUUAAAACUAAUAUGUUAACUUGAAUGUGUAUUUAUGUGAAAACGGAGCUGUAUGGAGACUGUCCGACUCUACCAGCCCUAAUGGGCGUGUUCCUCUUUAUACUACCAUUAGGAUAUGAAAUGCAAAGUUCAGAAACUAACUUUAAAUGGUCCUCUGUUCAUUGUUUCAAGUUAAUUUCGGGAGGUAUAGCUGUUUUUUGUAUGUAGCUGUAUUUUAAUGUCAACUUAAUAAAUGAUGGUUUAGCGUGAGAUUGAAAAAGAGUACAUCGAUGCUGAAAGUAAUCUAAACGUGCAUCUCAUAAAUUAUAAAAUCCAUUGGCCUUUUUUUAGACUUGUUUUGCUUGCUGUAUGUGUAGAGUGUAGGUGACGUAUGUGUGUCGCCUACCCUGUCAUUGCUUACAUUUGCUAGUCAGCAUCUUAUCUUACUGUAGAGUCAAUACACUGUUAGCCCGUACAAAAGGACAAUUCUAUUUGACAUUCAUGAGAUCACCUUGACAUUUCACUUCAGAGAUGAAUUGCCUUAAAUGAUGUUUCACACUGUAAACGCAAGCUGACCAUUCACCCUGUAAAUGUUGACAUGAAACAAAGUCCUUGUAGCUUGGAAACAGAAUUUAAAAGAAUCCCUGAAGGUUAAAUCUCUUGUCUUUUUAUCUGUGUUCACUCCUGCAUUCUGUAAGGAGGGAUGUGCUGUGAGUCGUAAGGGGUGAAGGAAAGAUGUAGGCCACCAAAAUGACUUCCACGCAGUUGCCAGUUAAGGGUUAUUGUGGUGCUGUCUUCUUUAGCUGCUGCAUAAACAGUAAAAGGGACUACUGUAUUAAAAUGUUAAAAUACAUAAAAGGCCUACAUUGUUAAUGAACGUCACUGCCUUAUGCCCUCUAGCUUGAAAAGCUGGGCUUUUGUUGAUAUGCCAAAUCUGAUGUAUUUCUGUGUGUUUUUCUCAAUGUAACCAUGAGAGGAUUAAAUGUGUCUCUUUACUGUUGAACGCUAUGAAGAAUGUACAGUUCAGUUGUUGUAUAGACUGAAUAAAAAAACAAUGAAAUUC